AUGUCGUCUCCUCCCCGCCCGACCGGCGAAACUGGUCGCAAAGCAGGUCUCACCCCCGUCAAGGUCUACCUCCUCGCCUUCAACUUGCUCUCUGCCGCCCUCUGGGCGCGCCUCCUGGUCAUUACCGUCUGGUUCAUCGUCACCCCGCGUGCGGGUGUCAACUAUGCCGCUGUCCCGACCACUGUUGGCGGCGCCGUCCAGCUGCUGUCGGACCACUUGAGCGGCAGCUACGACUUCCACCAGCUGGGAUACCACACAAAGUACACGCAGAGUCUGGCCGUGCUCGAGGUGGUCCAUGCCGCUCUCGGGCUCGUGAGGAGCCCUGUCGGCACCGUGGCUAGCCAGGUCGCGAGCCGUCUCUGGGCUGUGUGGGGUGUUGUCGAGCUGGUCCCCGAGACCCACACCAACCCCUUGUUCACGACCAUGCUCCUCGCCUGGUCCAUCACCGAGACGAUCCGCUACCCGUUCUACUUCUUUGCGCUCCUCAACAAGGCCAUCUACGCCAUUGACUUUUUGCGCUACAACACGUUCUUGGUCCUGUACCCGCUCGGCGCGGGCUCCGAGGCCUUCCUGUCGUUCAGCACCGUGCCCCCACUCGCGUCCCUGCCCUACGUCCCGCGCUUCAUCAACGCGUUCCACGACAUCGUCCACCGUCUGCCCGUCAGCGUCGCCCAGAAGAUCCUGCACACGGCUCCGGGCCGCUCGUUCUUGGUCGCCAUUGCGCGCGCGAGGGCCGCAGCAGAGUCGGGCGGAUACAUCUGGACACCGAUCCAGCUCGUCCGCCUCGCCCUGUUCUUUGUCUGGUGGCCGGCCCUGUUCGAGCUGUACACGUACAUGCUCGGCCAGAGGCGCAAGUUCUUCCGCAAGCAGAAGGGCAAGACCGUCGCGGGCGUCAACAAGAGCCGCUAA